AUACUACUAAAAAUAAAAGAACAUAAUUAAAAGGAAAUGAAGGUUGUGGUCCACACACACUUUGCACCUUCUUUUUGCCUUUCUGCUUCAUAUAUACUCCCUCUUUCACUUCAUUGCUCCCAAAAUUCUAGCUUCUUCUAUUCUACAACAUUACUUGCUAGCUCCUCCCUUAUAACCUUUGUAAGCUCAGCUCUCACCACACAAUGGAAGCUAGGAGUAUUGAGAGGAAGAGAACAUUGAUGAUGGAAAAGGUGAGAAGGAACAACACAGUGGAAGAAGAAGUGGAAAAUGAAGUAGAAGAAGAGGAUGGUGAUUUCAGUCUGACUGAAGAAGAGAAGAAGAAAGGGGCCGGUGGCGGAAGAAGAGGAGGUUCUGGCGGCGGUGGUGUUUCUCCACCUUCCUGCCAAGCAGAGAGGUGUGGAGCUGAUUUGACCGAUGCAAAGAGAUACCAUCGUCGCCAUAAGGUGUGUGAGUUUCAUUCUAAGGCACCUGUUGUGGUGGUUUCUGGGCUGAGGCAGAGGUUUUGCCAACAAUGUAGCAGGUUCCAUGACCUAGCAGAGUUCGAUGAAUCUAAAAGAAGCUGUCGCAGGCGGUUGGCUGGACACAAUGAAAGGCGCAGGAAAACCAACCCUGAAACUGCCAAUGAGGGCAGCAGCCACAGCAAAGGACAACAACAUCAACCUAAGGAAACACAGUGCAGAAUUCAGAUGAACUUACCAGGGAGUUCUGGCUACAAGUCAUUCAAUAUUAGGUGAAGAUAAAGUGUUGAGUUCAGGAAGCUCCCUCUCUUCUGUCACCUUCUCUGGUUUCUUACAGUCCAAGGCAUAGAAUAAAGAUCCUUUGUAUGUUCACCACAACAAGAACCUAAAAUGUCCAACAUCUAAAGGUCAUGUGUGAAUGCCUUUUAUUUCUUCUGUUUGUCUUUAUCGUAAUAAGUAAGUAUCCUUAUAUAUUAAAGCACCCUUCAAUGCUAUAACUCUUCAACUCCAAUAGAAUAAAAAGAUUUUCCUU